UGGCUGUGCCGAGUACGACUCCCGACUUCCAACCCCAGACGCCGGAGUGCGCACCCUCGCUCCCUCACAAGCCGAGGAGCAGAGGAACUCAAAGCCUUUACAGGGAGUCAUCAGCCCAGACGGUUCCUUGGCAGCCCGACGCGAGACCAGCCGAAAGCUGCGAGCGAACUCCAGAAGUGUUAUACCUCGAUAAGUUGGAGUGGGGUCCGGGACAACCGUAUCGCACCGGGGACUUGCCCGCCGAUUUCCACACCACCGAAAUAAUAAACAAGAUGCGUCACGCCCGCAUCUGGUCGGAGGUGGCCGAGCAGGGGAAAUUCCCACGCUGGAUGAAGAAACGCGACGCCAUUAUAACGGACGUCGAGACAAAGGACUGGAUAUUCAGGGAGACGGAAAUCGAUGAGUUGCAAGAGAUCCGCUUGGAGUUGCUGCACCGGAUGCAAAUGGCGAACCGCCAGAAGCAGACCUCGAGGACCGGGACGAAGCUGGCGAGGCUCUGGGACGCGAAGAAACGAGAAAUGGACAAGAAGAUCGAGGGCAUACGAAGGACCAGGGAUAGAGAAUUACGAAAGCUAAGCGCCGUACAUAGCAGCGGAGGUCGCGCCGGCCUUGUCGCCGCGUUGCGCGCGUCUCGCGGUGCCGGGUCGGCUCGCGCAGAAGCCGUGGACCCUUCGUCGGACGCGCACGCGCCGCUGGCGAGGCACGGGUACCAGGCGCGGAGAAGACACGCAGAGAUCACUUACGACCCGGACCUGUUGUCCCUCGAAGACCAUGAAGAACUAUCGAAGCCUCCUUCUUGGCUGGACAAAUGCGGCCAGGAUCUGACCAGGACCUGUUCCGGGCAUCAUCUACCCAGAGACGCGACCCAGCUAUGCCAGCGGGAGACGAAGUGGAGUGAGAGCUUCUUAGAGAGCCUGCACAACGACUUAAAGAAGGCCCGUCUUGGCGCGGGAUCCCAAUCCGCCGGUCCUCUGCGGGUCCUCAGACCUCGCGUGACUAACGCCAGCCCUCGUCCUCCCACUCCCGAGGUGGAAGCCGUCGAUGAUACGGAAGAAGAGAACCACCAGGCCGCCCUAAUGCUGCAGAGGGUUUUGAGGGGCAGAGCGGUACAGACUCUGAUGUACGAAGGUCGCACGCGGGCGGCCGAGUUGACUGAAGAAUUGAAGACCACGCACGGACUCCAGAAAGAAGACAAGUCCCGCAUCGCUCGUGAAGAGACUAAAGCGAGAGAAUACAACAUCUUCAAAAUGGAAAGAGAACAAAGGGAGGAAGCCGUGACUGCACUCGUUGACGAGUUAUGCGGGGGCGCAGUCUCGACCGCUUUGGACUUCUUGGAGAAGGAGCUGCGCAGGCUCAGAGAGGAAAGGAGACAGCACGCGUAUAUACUUAUCGCUUUGCGGGACAAGACGAUGCGCGAAGCUGCCGAAGCCGGCAGGAGACAGAAGGAGGAGCAUAGACGCAUGGAACAUGACCAGAUGUUCAAGCAGAUAUUGGGAGUUACGCAAGAGACAGUCGAUGAUUAUCUGCUGGAGAUUGUUAGCGGAGGAGUGGAGCUCGCAGCGGAGAGAGACGCGCUGCGGAGAGCGCAGGCCAAUGCGGAUAAGAUCGAUGCGGACUUUGCGGAAAACGAAUCGAUUUCGACGGCGGAGCAGAACGAGCUGGUGGCGGAGCUGGUGCACCAGUUUCUGUUGCCGCACGCGCACCGGACGGCGGCGCGGCACCGCAUCGCCGCCACGCAGCAGGCCAGGAUGGAGGCGGCCAGGAGCACCAUAUUUGGUCUCAUUGAUGAACCGGACAAGACAGAAUUACAAUGCAUUAAAUGCGGCACACCCCUCGACGAGAGAUGUCGCUGUAAGAUAUGUCCUAUUUCUCUGGCACCAGCCGAAAGACCAGCCAGAGAUGACCCUCGAUGGAAGCACACUAGAAGUCGGCCCCGUGUCGAACCGAAGUCACUCAGCGAACGCUAUCCAGUACAUCACGAACUGCGCUGCAUGCUCAACGUGUUGGUCGAUGAAGCUGUGUUGGGGUCCCGCGACACGCGUCGAGCGAGGGUCGCCUUGAGAAGCGAAUGGGGGCGGUCGUUGCGGGAGAGAACCGAAGCUACCAUCGAUGCAGUGGAGAUGAUCGACACUGCUAUCAGCAGAGCGACGGGAGAGGUUCCGGUGCCGUUAAAGAAGAGAGAAUAUCAUCACUACAUGAAGAGGAUCAUAGGAGAUGCUUUAGGACGGACCGAGCCUUACCACAAGUCGCCGUGUCCGCUGGAGCUGCCCUCAGAGGUCCGUCGGAGGGCCGAGGAGGAGGCGAGGCUCGGAGACAGCACAUGCCGCUGCGAGGAUGACGGAAAGUCUGCAAUACAACUCGAUGACGAGAAGCAUCUGCUGCCCUCAGAGCUCAGGGCGCUCGAGGACCUGAGACGCUGCAAGUGUGACGCUGACUCCAUCACCACUGCCACUCAUGAUCAAUGUUCUACCGAAGAUUUUGAAACUAAUGUCGAAGGUGAAGAUGACGAGACUGACCUAAUUUAGUUUAUAAUACAGUCUUUCUUGUAAAUAUAUCGCUUGUUCGGGCCCCGCAAUCUAUUGGGAAGGUAACGGUCGCGUUGAGCGUCAGCGCGGACGUUGACCUCGCGCGUCACAUGCUUAUAUUUGUAUUACAUUGCUGUUUUUUUUUAUUGCUUAGAUGAGCGGACGAGUUCACAGUCCACCUGGUGUUAAGUGGUUACCGGAGCCCAUAGA